AUGAGUGAAAAUGAAAGAAGCCCUCAACGGCCAAGCUCGGCCGAAUCGCCGCAAUCGAAGCCCUCCCUCGAGACGCCCGCCACAGAACGAGUCUCUAGACCCAUCAACGAAGAAUCGCCCCUCCUCUCCGCCUCCGAUGAAGAUGAAGAGGAAGGUCCGCUCAUGGAAGACCCUGCUUCCCUAGACGACGACCCCCAUAAAUAUUCCCACGAACAGGAGUCGAAGGGGUUAUGGUACAUGGUACUUCUUACAAUCAGUAUCGGAGGUCUACAACUGGCAUGGGCAGUAGAAAUAUCAAAUGGGACGCCAUACCUAUUGUCCCUGGGGAUGAGCAAGUCGCUGAUGGCUUUGGUUUGGAUAGCUGGGCCUUUGUCGGGAGCACUGGUGCAGCCUUAUGUUGGCAUGUUGAGUGAUAAUUGCAGGUCGAAAUGGGGGAAGCGGGUACCGUUCAUGGCAGUUGGUGCUGCGGCUACAAUAAUAUCUCUUCUUGCUCUUGCGUGGGUGAGAGAGAUUGUUGGUGGUCUUCUAGGACUAUUCGGUGCCGAUAGAGAGUCCAACGGAGUUGGAACCACUAUCAUUAUAGUUGCAGUUUUAUUUGUGUACUUGCUAGAUUUUGCUAUUAAUACAGUGCAAGCUGGGAUUAGAGCCUUUAUUCUCGACUGUUGUCCAAGUCAUCAACAGGAGACCGCGAAUGCCAUGGCAAGCCGAAUCACAGGUAUGGGCAGCAUCGUUGGAUAUGUAGCCGGAUAUCUAGACCUCCCAAAAUACGUCUGGUUCUUUGGAAAUACUCAAUUCAAAGUGCUUAGCGUAAUAGCCUGUGUAGCACUCGGUAGCACCGUCGCGCUCAGUAUAGGAACCGUCCACGAGCGGGACGCCAGCCUUGAGGAACCCCCCGCAAAAGGCAAAAGCGGCCUCGUCGCCUUCUUCAAGCAAGUCUUCCAUUCCAUCCGACGUCUGCCACCCCAGACGCGAAAAGUUUGCGAAGUGCAGUUCUUCGCCUGGAUCGGCUUCUUCCCGCAACUAUUCUACUCUAGCUCUUAUGUAGGAGAUAUAUACGUGCAGCCAUACCUCGAAGCGAAUCCAAACAUGACACCCGUGGAAAUCGACCACCUAUACGCGAAAGCCACGAGAGUAGGAACGUUCGCUCUGCUCAUCUACGCCAUCGUCUCCCUUUCAACCAACAUGUUACUCCCCUUCAUCGUAGCGCCCUCCUACGACCAACCCCGCCUCUCCUCCCGCGCAUCCCAGAAAUCAUACUCAACGCGCACGUCCCGCAUCCUCGACAAACUCGUCAUCCCCUGGCUAACCCUCCGGCGCGCCUGGCUGCUCGCCCACUGCGUCUUCGCAGCCUGCAUGUUCAGCACCCUUCUCGUGCGCUCCACCGGCGGCGCCACGGCCAUCAUUGGCAUCGUGGGCAUUCCGUGGGCGCUCACGCUCUGGGCGCCAUUUGCCAUCAUCUCGGCCGAAGUAUCGAAACGCGACGCCUUGCGGCGCUCACGCGGGAACAGCAUCAAAGAGAGCGAGGAAGACCAGGCGGGCAUCAUCCUAGGCAUUCAUAACAUGUCUGUGGCGAGCCCGCAGAUCGUCGCGACGAUCGGGAGCAGUAUUAUCUUCAAGUUCCUGCAGAAGCCGCGGGGCGUGCCGGGGGAUAGGAGUAUUAGUAUUGUGCUUGCUGCGGGCGGGCUCAGCACGCUUGUUGCUGCCUUUCUGACGAGUAGGAUACGGGAUGAGGUUGAGAUUCCUGCCGAGAGUGUGCUUGAGGAGGGCGCGGGGGGAGAUAGGGAGGAGAGGGACAGGAUGAUUGUGCAGAGCGGGAGUUUUGGCGGUUUGGAUUAUUAA